AUGCCGAAUAUCAAAGUGUUUAGUGGGACCUCUCAUCCAGAAUUGACCAGAAAGAUCUGUGAUCGUCUGGGUAUCGACAAAGGAAAGGUUGUCACAACAAAAUUCAGCAAUGGAGAGACUUGUGUUGAAAUUGGAGAAUCAGUACGUGGAGAAGAUGUUUACAUUGUACAAAGUGGCUGCUGUGAAGUGAACGACAUGUUGAUGGAAUUACUCAUUAUGAUUAAUGCUUGCAAGAUUGCAUCUGCCUGUAGAGUUACUGCAGUCAUACCUUGCUUUCCUUAUGCUCGUCAAGAUAAAAAAGACAAGAGUAGAGCCCCCAUCUCUGCCAAAUUAGUUGCCAACAUGCUGUCUGUGGCAGGAGCUGACCACAUCAUCACUAUGGAUUUGCAUGCUUCACAAAUUCAAGAUUUUUUUGAUAUACCUGUAGAUAAUCUAUAUGCAGAACCAGCUGUCUUAAAAUGGAUCAAAAGUAACAUUCCUGAAUGGAGGAACUGUACCAUUGUUUCUCCAGAUGCAGGUGGUGCCAAAAGAGUGACAUCUAUAGCAGAUUGGUUAAAUGUGGAUUUUGCUUUAAUUCACAAAGAAAGGAAGAAAGCUAAUGAAGUUGCUUCUAUGGUUCUUGUUGGUGAUGUAAAAGACAAAAUUGCAAUUUUAGUUGAUGACAUGGCUGACACAUGUGGUACUGUGUGUCAUGCUGCUGGCAAGCUGCUUGAAGCUGGUGCAUUGAAGGUAUAUGCAAUCUGCACUCAUGGUAUCUUUUCUGGUCCAGCCAUUACAAGAAUUAAUGCUUCUCAAUUUGAAGCUGUUGUUGUUACUAAUACCAUUCCUCAGGAGGAAAGAAUGAAGCAGGCUACCAAAAUUCAGUGCAUCGAUAUAUCAAUGAUUUUAGCAGAGGCUGUACGGCGCACUCACAAUGGAGAAUCUGUAUCUUACCUGUUUUCCAAUGUUCCCAUGUAG